UUAGCCGUUAGCUGGUCCCCGGCUGUCAGGUGCUCAGAGCGGUGACAGCUGAAAAUAACAUUUCUAUCUCUAGCUGUGCGCUCAGUACAAUCGCCACGAUGUUCGAGGAGGCUAGUGAAAUGUUUGACAACAUGUUCAAAUCUUCGUUUCCCCUCACCUUCAUUGUGUUUUAAUUCCCCGCGGUGUUGAUCCUGGUGUCACCGCUCCCGGCCGAGGCGGCACAUGAGUUCACGGUGUACCGCAUGCAGCAGUACGACCUGCAGGGACAGCCCUACGGCACCAGGAAUGCCAUCCUGAAUACAGAGGCUCGUACUGUGGAGGCAGAGGUACUAAGUCGUCGCUGCGUUAUCAUGCGACUCGCAGACUUCUCCUACGAAGAGUACCAGAAAGCCCUGCGCCAGUCAGCAGGAGCUGUGGUCAUCAUUCUGCCAAAGAACAUGUCUGCUAUGCCCCAGGACAUAGUACAGCAGUUCAUGGAGCUGGAGCCGGAGAUGUUGGCCACCGAGACCAUCGUCCCCGUCUACUUUGCCAUGGAGGACGAUGAGCUGCUGUCCAUCUACACCCAAACCCUGACCUCUUCCUCCUCACAGGGCUCCUUAUCAGCAGCCGAAGUGUUGCUGCAUACGGCCACAGCCAACGGCUUCCAGAUGGUCACCAGUGGAGCACAGAGUAAAGCUAUCAGUGACUGGGCCAUCACCAGUCUAGAGGGUCGUCUGGCUGGAGUUGGAGGAGAGGACCUCCCCACGAUUGUUGUGGUCGCUCACUACGACUCCUUUGGUGUUGCUCCAUGGCUGUCGUACGGGGCAGACUCAAACGGCAGCGGGGUGUCCAUGUUACUGGAGCUGGCUCGCCUCUUCUCAAAACUUUACACCUACAAGAGGACACACGCUGGGUACAACCUGCUGUUCUUUGUUUCUGGUGGAGGAAAAUUUAACUACCAGGGCACCAAACGCUGGCUGGAGGACAAUCUGGACCAUACAGACUCCAGUUUGCUGCAGGACAAUGUAGCCUUUGUGUUGUGUCUGGACACUCUGGGGAACGGAGACUCUCUGCACCUCCAUGUGUCCAAACCUCCGAAAGAGGGAACUCCUCAGUAUUCUCUGCUUAAGGAGCUGGAGAUGGUGGUUGCAAGCCAGUACCCAGAGGUCAAGUUCUCCAUGGUCCACAAGAAAAUCAACCUGGCCGACGACAUGCUGGCCUGGGAGCACGAGCGCUUUGGGAUCCGCCGGCUGCCGGCCUUCACGUUGUCCCACCUGCCGUCCCAUCGCCUGGCUCAGCGCUCCAGCAUCAUGGACGUGCGGUCAGUGUCCCCCUCCUCUCGCCACGGAGCGGGAGAGCCCCCUGCUGGGCCUCAUGUAGAUGUGAAGAAACUCGGCAGGAACACCAAGCUGGUAGCAGAGGCACUUGCCCGGGUCAUCUACAACCUCACAGAGAAGGGGGCUCCUGGGGACCUGCAGAUCUUCACUGAACAGAUGGUGCAGGAAGAGCAGCUAUCAGCGGUGGUGGACUGGCUCACAGCGCAGCCGCGAGCUGCUCAGCUGGUGGACAAAGACAGUAGUGUGGUGUCCACUCUAGAGUAUCACCUUGGACACUACCUCAAGGAUGUCAAGAGACACUACGUCAAAGCUGACAAAAGGGAUCCAGAGUUUGUAUUCUACGACCAGCUGAAGCAGACUAUGAAUGCUUACAGAGUGAAGCCUGCUAUUUUUGACUUGCUGCUGGCUGUCUGCAUUGCAGCCUACUUAGGGAUGAUGUAUCUUGCUAUCCAGAACUUCGGAGUCCUGUACAGUGUUGUCCGUAGAAUCACCCAACCCAAGGCGAAGGCCCAUUAAGGUGCAGAACAACAAUUUUUUUUCCAAAUCCCACCCUGUCCCUCAAAUCCAAAAACUUUAACCAGUAAGAACGCAGAAGCUGGGUCGAGCUGCUGUUCACAUGAUGGUUUCCAAACCAGCAGAAUCACUUCCAUUUGUUUCACCCCGCUCCACAAACUAUGAUGUCAGAUCCUGUCCUGCUGCCAACUUAAUCCAUUUGGUCUCUUGGGCCGGAAUAAUCAGGAAUCAUUUUUCACUCCCCCUGUCUUCACGAACACAGAUGUCUUGUCAUUCAUUUAGAAUAAUCCCUCAUGUUGGAAAUAUUCGAUUAUUUAACACCUGUUAGGGAUAUAAAGCGUUAUGUCCACACCUCUGAGACCUAGAAAAGAUUAAGUUUCUGAUGUCGCUGUUCCACCGAUGUCGCCUCCUCAGUCCUCCUCUCAGUAUACUGAACGAGUGAUUAUUCUGCCAAACUGAUGUGUUUUUGUCAAGAUCUGUUGUGAAAGGACAGGUUUAUUUUUUUUUUUUAAAUCUGCCUCAAAUACAACACUCACACUUUAUAAAGACGUUUACAGAGUUCUUAUUUAUUGUAAUAGUUUUUUCUCUUCACGCUGACAAUGACAGCACUCAGUCUGUGCAAAACACCCAAUAUUCAGCUGAAGAUCUUAAUGUGUUUUCUUUGUGUCAAACUGGAAAGAUUAACAUUAGAAGAUAACCAUUUGGCCUCAUUUAAGCCUCAAAAUAACUUAAUGAUACAUCACAUAAUGCAGAGAAAUGUGUCUUCCAUCUCUUCAGGGCUGCAGCUAAUCUUCUGUCACGAUCGACCGAUCUGUUGAUUAGAUUUAUCACUAAUCAAUCGCUUUUACAAUAAAAUGUCAGGCAAUGGUGAAAAAUGAACGCUGUCAGAUUCCAAGGUGACAUCUUCAAAUUGCAUUUACUGUCAGACGACUAAAGAAAAAGGCAAAAUAUAAGUUUACA